CAGUUCCCGCUCAGGCCCCGCCCAUUCCGGCGGUGACGUCAUCGCGCGCGAGCGCGGCCGGAAGUGGCUCCGGGGGCGGCGGCGGCGCCCGGUGUGACCAUGGAAGGCCAUUCCCCCUUUGCCCAGGUGAUGCCUCACCUGUCCGAGGAGGAGGAGGAGGAGCCAGGUGAGGAGGAGGAAGGGCCAGGUGAGGAAGGAACAGGUGAAGAUCCAGGUGAGGAAGAAGAAGAUCCAGGUGAGGAAGAAGAAGAUCCAGGUGAGGAAGAAGAUCCAGGUGUUGGUGUAGACCCAGGUGAGGAAGAUGCAGGUGAAGAAGAAGAUCCAGGUGAGGAAGAAGAUCCAGGUGAGGAAGAAGAUCCAGGUGAGGAAGAUCCAGGUGAGGAUGAUGAAGAUCCAGGUGAUGAUGAAGAUCCAGGUGACGAUGAUGAAGAUCCAGGUGACGACGCCGAAGAAGACCCAGGUGACCAAGACCACGCCCCCCAACCAGGUGCCUCCCUCCAGGUGCGCCCCUCUCCAGGUGACCCCUCCACCUCCCACCUCCGCCGACCCCGCCUUUACCUGCGGCCACGCCCACCCCCUGCCGAGCCCGGCCCCUCCCACCUGCAGCACACCUGGACCCACCCAGGUGCUCCUGGCUUGGAGUCGCCCUCACCUGAGCCAGGUGAGGCCACGCCCGGCUUCGUGCAGCUCAUCGACGAGCGCGGCGUCUACUCCACCGCCAAGCUGGUGCUGGGCGGCCGCUCAGGUGCUCCAGGUGCGCCAGGUGAGGCCGAGAAACCAGGUGAGGACGAGGAGGAUGAAGAAGAGGAUGAAGAUCUACCUGCUCACCUGGAGAUCCGCCAGGUGAUCGUGGCCGACAAACCCUUCCAGUGCCCCGCCUGCCACAAGAGCUUCAAGCGCACCUGGGAGCUGCUGAGCCACCAGGUGGUGCACACGGAGGCGCGGCCCUUCACCUGUCACCUGUGCCGCGCCACCUUCAAGCGUCACUCGGACUUCAAGAGCCACGCCCUGGUGCACACGGAGGAGCGGCCGCACAGGUGCGACCUGUGCGGGAAACGCUUCAAGCGUUCCUCCAACCUGCAGGAGCACCGCCGCAUCCACAGCGGCCAACGCCCCUUCACCUGCCCCAGGUGCGCCAAAGCUUUCAAAACCCCUUACGAGCGCCGCCGCCACGCCCUGACGCACCUGGCGGAAACCGAGCGACCUUUCAGGUGCGCCGAGUGCGGCAAGGAUUUCCCGGCGGCCAACGCGCUGCUGCUGCACCGGCGGCACAGGUGCGAGGACAAGCCGCACACCUGCGGCGUCUGCGGCAAGCGCUUCACCUACGGCCACUCGCUGAAGGUGCACGAGCGCGUGCACACAGGUGACCGCCCCUUCAGGUGCGCCCUCUGCGGCAAGGCCUUCAAGCAGAGCAACGCGCUGGCCUCGCACGAGCGCGUGCACACGGGUGAGCGCCCCUUCGCCUGCCGCACCUGCGGCAAGGCCUUCAAGCAGUCCUCUUACCUGGCCAUCCACCAGCGGGCUCACACAGGUGAGAGGCCCUACAGGUGCGAGGCGUGCGGCAAGGCCUUCGCCCGGCCCUCGCUGCUGCUGCAGCACCGGCGCGUGCACAGCCAGGUGAGGCCGCACCAGUGCGGGCACUGCCACAAGUUCUUCAAGGACCUGGCUUACCUGGCCGUGCACGAGAAGGUGCACACAGGUGAGACGCCCUACAAGUGCGGGGUGUGCGCCAAGGGCUUCGCACACCCCUCCAACCUGCUGCAGCACCAGCGCGUGCACCGCGACACCUGAGCCGCAGGUGAG